CCAAACACAUCUCUGGUUAUUUGGCUGAAGAGUGCUCAGGAGAACACACACACACACACACACACACGCAAGCACUGUCCUGCCUUUCUGCAGGAAACCAACUCAUCUUACGGGACUUGAGUGCAGAUGUGAAGCAGGCUAUCCGCAGAGACAGCAAGUGGAGUGUGUGUUCGUGUUAGUGUGCAGUGGAAACCUGUGACAUUUCAGCGGAGACGCGCGUUGAAGGCGAAAUGGGAGGAAACUCCAGAGCUCGAAUAGCCGGUGCACUUGAAGACGAAGACGUGAUUUGGAUUUGAAUAGAAAGUUUUCUUAGAAGGAGCCACUUUAAGGUUCCUCUAAUCUCAGCCAUGGCUCAUUACUGGAGAUCGGGCUUAGCACAUUUCUGUCUUGCUGUUCAGCUUCUCGUACUUCUCCAAUCCAAGUCUUCUGUGACGGUGAGAACACCCACCAACCUGUCGCAGAAUCACCACAUUCCCUCUCUGGUGCCUCACACCCCUUUGGCCCUCUCCCGCUCCCGUUUCAGUGCUAAGGCCCAGCUGGACUUUACCACCCACUGCAAUGCCAGCUGCCUCCACAAGGUAGAAGACAUUGACAAAGAACAUCUAACUGAGCAGCUGGCCUUCGAAACACUGUAUGCUGAUGGCUCACGUACACUAACCACUGUCAAUCUGGAAGAUGAAGAUGCUGACAGUAACCGCCGUUCUGCAAUGAACAGUAAGAGGAAGCAUAAAAUCCUAUCUUUCUCUCAUAAAAGAAAAAGAAGGCAAAUCUAUGGUGCAGAUGGGCGCUUCAACAUUCGGGGUGACCACUUCCUGCUGGACUACCCAUUCUCCACAGCUGUACGCAUUUCAACAGGCUGCACUGGUGUUUUAGUAUCCCAACAACAUGUGCUGACUGCUGCACACUGUGUACAUGAUGGAAAAGAUUAUGUCAAAGGUGCACGUAAACUCAGAGUUGGCUUUUUAAUCCCACCUUCAGUCAAUAGCACCACAGAAGACUUGAAAAAGCCCUUGGUGCGCUGGCUAAGGGUGCGGAGGAUGCGUGUACCUAAAGGUUGGAUACAAGGGCCGCAGGAUGUCAGCAUGGAUUAUGACUAUGCCCUUCUGGAGCUGCGUUGGCCACAUCGCCGCCCCUUUAUGCGUCUGGCUGUAGCCCCUUCUUCCAAUGAUUUGGCUGGAAAGCGCGUCCAUUUCUCUGGUUUUGACAGUGAUAGGCCUGGAGAGCUUGUGUAUCGUUUCUGCCCUGUAGAAGAUGAGAGUAAUGAUCUAAUCUACCAGCAUUGUGAUGCGAGACCUGGUGCCAGUGGCUCUGGUGUGUAUGGUCGUGUGUGGGACAAUGAUUUGGAACGCUGGGAGCGUAAGGUGAUUGGCAUCUUUUCUGGGCACCAGUGGUUGGAGAUUGAUGGUGAGAAUCGUGACUACAAUGUCGCCGUUCGUUUCACUCCACUGAAAUUUGCUCAGAUCUGUUACUGGGUGCAUGGAAACAGAGGCGGCUGCAGUCAGGGCUGAUUUACACAAGCCCUGAAACCAGAAGAAAGGGAAAGAAAAACUGGUCCAUGGACAUGUACUUUUUAUAGUCUGUCCAUUUAUAGACAAUGCAAUUGCAGUCAAAUUAAGAAAUGGUCUUUGGAAAGAAAUUAUCCAAUGGUUUGUACAUGAUUUACCAUCUAAGACAAAUCCAAAUUGGACAUCUUGUUUGCAUUAAUUGGACAUUUAUUUAAACAAGUAAAACACUGGUGCCUUUCCAUUUUAAUAUAUUCAUCCUGGAUUAUUUGAGACUUCUGAGAAAUGAGACAGAAAGAUGAGGAAUUUGUAAGAAAUAUCCUUAUUUCAGACUAAAUCAGCGCUGAUACAAAAUCAAAGUUACAGUUGAGAAACAGUCCUGUUUUACACCAGACACGGUGCCCAACCCAUGCCUUGAGUAUGCUACCAUGUUAAUCAAUAGCUACAUGUACAUGAAGCCUAAUAUUUUAUAAAUAACCUGAUAGACUGCUUAAUUUGUAAUUAAAAAAACAUUCAUGUAUCCACCUGAUUAGGAAUAGAGUAAACAUAAUCAGGUCCAUCAAACACGGUCAUUCAUUAUUUUAAAGAUAUGUUAAAAGAAGAAUAUUGGUCAUGUAAACCAUUGUGUCUGAUUUCAUUAACGGUUAGUUCACAGUGUAAAUAAAUGCAAACAGCAAAAGCCCUCAAACUUCAAUUACAUGUUGAAGGUUAGACACUAUAUGCUGGACCAAGUUGGUGACUCAGCAUUAUUUUCAGCCAAGACUGUGGAUAUUAUUAAUAUUAACAUUGUACGAUGAAUAUAGGUCAGGUAUGUGUAGCCAAAAGUGUGAGGAUACCCUAACAUCACACUCAUAUGUGUAUUUUCAAUAUCCCAUGCCAGAUUUGUGUCUUUGCUGUUAUUACAAACUCCACUAUUCUGUGAGACUUUUCAGUAGAUAUGGCAAGUGAGCAGGAUUUUGUGAUUUAGUUUAUUCGCCAUUUCAGUUCAUCCAAAAGGUAUAGAGUAGAGCGGAGGAAAAUGAGAUGCUACAGCAUUAAACAAUUUCUUUACAAUUGUUUGGCAUAAUUGCGCUUCACAAACUCACCUAAUUGUCUUUUCUGCGAUUUUCUUUAAUAAUUUGGAUAACAUGUUGUGGAAGUGAAAAAUAAUUUCAACAACAGAGAAAUACUAAUGCUUUCCACUACAAAUACUAUUACAAACAAUAAACCGUUAAACAUUCGCACCACUACCAACUGCUUUCAAUUACAUAAUGUGCUUGUGGUACAUUAAUAAAUCAUUAUCAUUAAACACACCA